UUGUUCCCUUGGUAUAAAAAAGACAGCCAAAAAUAAUGGCGGUUGUGCUUUUGAUUGAUUGAAGCUGAGAGAGAGAGGUAAAGCGAUACUGGCAAAAGCCAGCAAGCACUAGUGGUGCACUAGAACAAUCACCACCACCACCACCGCUUACCACACCCAGCAGCAAACCUUGUGUUUCCAUUACUGGAAAGUUUGGAAGCAAACCCAACUCUUGGAUUCUCCAUCUGUGCAUAUAUUCUUCCUCAACAGUCUCUGUUGCUGUCAUCUGUGAGCCUAUUUUGUGCAGAGUUGAUCAUCGCGUACCUUUCAGUUUCCUCUCAGAAUAAUGCACAGGCCAUUUGAUUGCAUCUUGCUUUUACUUGGGCUCCUUGCUGUUUGAGAUCUGGUCCUUUCCUGCUUUCAUGGUGGCACAAGCAACUUUGUGUUCUGAGGCUGAGAUCUGAGGAUUCUGUUAGCACUGUUGGGGUUUUAGGCUUCUGGGUUUUGCCGGGUUAUUGCUGUAAUUGCUCGGUUUCUGAGAUUGGACUAUCUGAGAGUGUACAAUCUGUGACUUUGAAGCUCUGUUAGUCACAAAUGGUGAUGUGGGUUUGUUGAAGAUUGUGGCAUGAAGUCUUUAGUUGCAGAUUGGACAUUUUGGGGGGUUUGAUUGAGGCUGGCUUAAGUGCGAAUGAGGCUGAAAUUGAUCGUUUUUAUCAGCAAAACCAGUUUCCAUUGAAGUUUCAGGACUUGGGGAAUUGAGGGUUCUUUUGUUUAACUUUGCAUGAAUGUGAAGCUUCAUGCUUUUGUGAUUUCCUGGCCUCCAGUGUUUUUGAAUCUCUGCGAAUAAUGAGGCUCUCUUCUGCUGGUUUUAGUCCUCAAUCCCAAGAAGGGGAGAAGAAAGUUUUGAAUUCUGAACUUUGGCAUGCUUGUGCCGGUCCACUUGUUUCUUUACCCGCUGUUGGGACCCGUGUAGUUUAUUUUCCUCAAGGUCACAGCGAACAGGUUGCGGCAUCAACCAACAAGGAAGUGGACGCUCAUAUUCCUAACCAUCCAAGCUUGCCACCGCAGCUUAUCUGUCAACUCCACAAUGUGACAAUGCAUGCAGAUGUUGAGACAGAUGAAGUGUAUGCACAAAUGACCUUGCAACCGCUAAAUCCGCAAGAGCAAAAGGACGGCUACCUUCCAGCAGGGUUGGGCAGCCCAAACAAACAGCCAACAAAUUAUUUUUGUAAAACCUUGACAGCCAGUGACACAAGUACCCAUGGUGGUUUCUCUGUUCCUCGCCGGGCAGCUGAAAAAGUGUUUCCUCCAUUGGAUUUCACCCAACAACCUCCAGCGCAAGAGUUAAUUGCAAGAGAUUUGCAUGAUAAUGAAUGGAAGUUUAGACACAUUUUUCGGGGCCAGCCCAAAAGGCACCUCCUUACAACGGGUUGGAGUGUUUUUGUAAGUGCUAAAAGACUUGUUGCUGGUGAUUCAGUCCUUUUCAUCUGGAAUGAAAAGAAUCAACUACUUCUUGGUAUCCGGAGAGCUAACCGACAACAAACUGUGAUGCCUUCAUCAGUUUUAUCAAGCGAUAGCAUGCACUUGGGACUUCUUGCUGCUGCAGCUCAUGCAGCUGCAACAAAUAGUCGUUUCACCAUAUUUUAUAAUCCAAGGGCUAGCCCAUCUGAGUUUGUCAUUCCCCUGGCCAAGUACAUUAAAGCGGUCUAUCAUACCUGCAUUUCUGUUGGCAUGCGUUUUCGGAUGUUGUUUGAAACAGAAGAAUCAAGUGUCCGCCGCUACAUGGGAACAAUAACUGGCAUAAGUGACCUAGAUCCAGCUCGGUGGCCUAAUUCACAUUGGCGUUCAGUCAAGGUCGGUUGGGAUGAAUCCACGGCAGGGGAGAGACAGCCAAGAGUCUCACUGUGGGAGGUUGAACCAUUAACAACAUUUCCCAUGUAUCCAUCUCCUUUCCAGCUUAGGCUUAAGCGACCAUGGACACCUGGACUACCCUCUUUCAAUGGUAUGAGGGACGACGACCUUGGCAUGAAUUCUCAACUCGUGUGGCUUCAAGGAAACAAUGGAGACCGUGGAAUGCAAUCGCUGAACUUUCCUGGCAUGGGGGUCACACCAUGGAUGCAGCCAAGGCUUGAUGCUUCUAUGAUUGGCUUGCAAUCAGACGUGUACCAAGCUAUGGCUGCUGCCGCACUUCAAGAGAUGAGGGCCGUAGAUCCUUCCAGACCGCUACCUACAUCCCUUCUGCAGUUUCAGCAGCCGCAAAGCCUUCCUAAUAGUAAUAGGUCUGCUGCCUUAAUGCAGCCCCAGAUGGUGCAAGAAUCUCAUUCUCAACAAGCCUUUCUCCAAGGUGUUCAAGAGAACCAUCGCCAGUCACAGCCUCGGGUGCAAACUCAGUCCCACCUUCUUCAGCAGCAAUUGCAGCAUCAGAAUUCUUUCAGUAAUCAGCAGCAGCAGCAAUUAGUUGAUCAUCAGCAUAUUCCAAGUGCCGUCUCUUCCUUGACUCAGUUUGCUUCCGCCUCUCAAUCCCAGUCGCCAUCUUUGCAAGUUGUCACAACGCUAUGCCAUCAACAGAGUUUUUCUGAUUCUAAUGGGAACCCUGCUACCAGCACUGUUAUAUCUCCCUUGCACAAUCUCAUGGGUUCAUUUCCACAGGAUGAAUCAUCCCACCUGCUUAACCUGCCUAGAACCAAUCAAUUAAUAUCUUCUGAUGGCUGGCCAUCAAAGCGAGCAGCGAUUGACCCUCUUCUUUCCUCUGGAGUUUCUCAAUGUGUUCUGCCCCGGGUGGAACAGUUUGGACCUCCCCACACUACUAUGUCUCAGAAUUCUAUUUCGUUGCCACCCUUUCCAGGGAGAGAGUGCUCAUUAGACCAAGAAGGUGGUACUGAUCCUCAAAGCCAUCUUUUAUUCGGUGUCAAUAUAGAGUCCUCACCUCUUAUAAUGCAAAGCGGGAUGUCAAAUCUUAGAGGAGUCGGCAGCGAUUGUGGUUCUACAACCAUGCAUUUUCCUUCUAAUUACAUGAGCACUGCAGGCUCUGAUUUUUCAAUUAAUCCAGCAGUCACACCUUCGAGUUGCAUUCAUGAAUCGGGUUUCCUGCAGUCUUCAGAAAAUGCAGACAAUGGAGACCCGCUAAACAGAAAUUUUGUUAAGGUUUAUAAGUCAGGGUCCUUUGGGAGGUCACUUGACAUUACCAAGUUCAGCAGCUACCAAGAGCUACGUAACGAGCUUGCUCAUAUGUUUGGCCUUGAAGGCGAGUUGGACGACCCUGUGAGAUCAGGCUGGCAGCUUGUAUUUGUUGACCGGGAGAAUGAUGUUCUUCUCCUCGGGGAUGACCCCUGGCCGGAGUUUGUAAAUAGCGUGUGGUGUAUCAAAAUACUCUCACCACAAGAAGUUCAGCAAAUGGGAAAACGAGGCCUUGAACUUCUAAAGUCAGUCCCAAAUCAGAGGCUCUCAAACAAUAGUUGCGACGACUAUGGAAGCCGGCAGGACUCAAGAAACUUGAGCAGCGGGAUAACGUCCGUGGGGUCACUCGAGUAUUGAACAACUUAACCGAUUAAGAUACCAUUCUCUCUUAUGUAAUAUUUGCAGCUCCUCCCAACUUCUCCAACCCUUUUAAGAGUUGGGAGGGCGGCUUAAUACUGUAGCUUUAAAGCUUAGUUUAUAUAUAAGCUAAUACUGUAAUUAAACGAUGCGUAUCUCUUUUCGUUAUUUUCUUGUAUUCAAAUACGUACAACGCAUAUGUAGUAUGAGACUUGAAUGUUUGUGAAAAUAGCCUGAAAAGGGUAUAUUGCCGUAA